UUCAGCCCCUUCUGAGUGGGACCGCGGAACUGUCCACCGAGUCGGCGAAAGCCGAGGCCCACACUGCGACAGUCUGUGUACUCCCGUCCAGUCGCUUCUCCCCACCCGCAGGACCUCAGCAAUGGCAAUGGCAAUGGCACUGGCGAUCCUGCGGGACUGGUGCAAGUGGAGAGGCAUGAACGCACAGCGCUCCCUGCUCAUCCUGGGCAUCCCGGACGACUGCGAGGACCAGGAAUUCCAGGAGGCCGUGCAGGCUGCCCUGUGGCCCCUGGGCAGGUACCGAGUGCUGGGCCAGGUCUUCAGAAAGGAGCUGGGGACCAGCGUGGCCCUGGUGGAGUUUGCUGAGUAUUUAAAUCGAAGUUUGAUCCCCCAACAAAUACCGGGCAAGGGGGGACCCUGGGAUGUGGUCUUCCUGCCCCAGGCCCCUGAUUCUGAGUCACAAGAUAGACUCAAUGUCCCUGCACAGCCCCAGAGGCAAGCAGUGCCUGGCAGGGCAGGUGACGCAGCAGCUGCAGAUGUGGCAGGAGCUCCAGGUGAGGAAGGAGCUGCCGGUGAGGAAGGAGCUCCAUGUGAGGCAGGAUCUGCAGGUGAGACAGGAUGUGAAGGUGAGGAGGGAGCUGCAGGUGAGGAGGGGGAUGCUGGUGAGGAAGGCUCUGAAGGUGAGGGAGGAUGUGAAGGUGAGGAAGAAGCGGCAGAUGAUGAGAGAGCUGCAGGUAAGGAAGAAGCCGCAGGUGAUGAGAGAGCAGCAGGUGAUGAGAGAGCUGCAGGUGAGGAAGAAGCUGCAGCUGAUGAGAGAGCUGCAGGUGAGGAAGAAGCUGAGGGGGAGGCAGGAGCCGAGGGCGAGGCAGGUGCCCAGGGGGAGGCAGGAGCUGAAGAUGAAGCAGGAGCGUCAGAUGAAGAGGGAGUUGCAGGUGACACAGGAGUGGCAGGUGUGGCAGGAAUUGUGAGUGUGGCAGGAGCUGCAGGUGAGGGAGCUACAGCUGAGGCUGGAGCUGCAGGUGAAUGGGGAGCUGCAGGUGAGGAAGAGGCUGCAGAUACAGCAGGAGCUGCAGGUGUGUCAAAAUCCCGAGGUGAGGCAGAAGCUGAAGAUGAAGAUGUGGCAGGAACUCCAGGUGCGGCAGGAGCCGCAGAUGAGGAAGAAGGUGCAGGUGAGGAGGGAGCUGCAGGUGAGGAGGAAGUUGCUGAUGUGGCAAGAGCUGCAGGUGAGGAAGAAGCUGCAGGUGAUGAGAGAGCUGCAGGUGAGGAGGGAGCUGCAGGUGAGGAGGGAGCCGAGGGGGAGGCAGGAGCCCUGGGGGAGGCAGGAGCUGAAGAUGAAGCAGGAGCGUCAGAUGAAGAGGGAGCAGCAGGUGACACAGGAGUUGCAGGUGUGGCAGGAUCUGUGACAGUGGCAGGAGCUGCAGGUGAGGCAGAGGCUCCAGGUGAGGAAGAGGCUGCAGGUGUGGCAAGAGCCAUGGAUGAGGCAGGAGGCUGGACCCAGCAAUGGCGGGAGACUUUGCAGCCUCUGCUCGACAGCAUGGCCUACCAGGAACUGAGACCUUUUUCUGGGUUGGAAGAGCCGUGCUGUGGAGAAGAGUCUUUUGAGAGCUGGCUGGACCAUACCAACGACAUGCUGUACCUGUGGCGCCACAUAUCGGAACGGGAGAGGAGGAGGAGGCUGGUGGAGAGCUUGGGUGGCCCGGCGCUGGAUCUCAUGUGCGGCCUCCUGGAUGAAAAUCCCGACAUCCCUGCACAGGACUGCCUGGCCGCGCUGGUGCAAGCGUUUGGUAACAAGGACGCCCGGAUGACCGCAAGGCUGAAGUUCCUGACUUGUGCUCAGAGGCCCCAGGAGACUCUCUUUGCCUACGUGAUGCGCCUGGAGGGCCUGCUGCAGGCGGCCAUGGAGAAGGGGGCCAUCCAGGCCGCCAUCGCAGACCAGCUGCGCGCCAGGCAGGUGCUGAUGCGGGCCCGCCCCAACGAGACGCUCCAGAACCAGCUGAGGAGGAUGCGUCUGGAGAGGAGACCGCCUGGCUUCCUGAGGAUGCUGCAGCUCAUUCGGGAGACCGAGGCAUGGGAGGCCACCCCAGGUACAAGUGAGCAGUUCCAAGUGGAAGAAGGGGCCCAUGUGGACAUUGGAGACCUAGUCGCCUCUCAGGCUGCCUCGGCCCAUGAAUAUGGUGCUGAGGUCUCCUCAGCCUGUGAAGAUGCUGCCUGGGCUGCCCCGGCCCACGAAGGUGCUGCCCGGGCAGCCCCACCCAGUGAAGGUGCUGCCUGGGCCGCCAGCGAAGACACUGGCCAGGCUGCCCCGGCCCGCGAAGGUGCUGGCUGGGCUUCCAGUUCACGCAAAGGUGCUGCCCGGGCUGCCCCGGUCAGUGAAGAUGCUGCCCGGGCUGCCCCAGCCAAGGAGGUCAUCACCGAGUGCACCCCUGCCACUGCAGAAGAAGCCAAGGCUUCCUCAGGUAACAAAGAUACCGCCGAGGCUGCCCUUUCCAAGGAAGACACCGCCGAGGCCGUCCCAGACAAUGAAGAGGCCGAUGAGGCAGUUCCUGGCACAGUCGACCCUGGAGAGGCUGCUUCUGACACCCGUGAUGCUGCCUGGGCAGCCCCUGCCCCUGAGGAGACCACCAAGGCCUCCCCUGCCAUUCAGGAAGAUGAAAAUGCUCCCGCUCCUGUGGGCCUAGGUCAGGCGGCCCAGAUGGGCAGUCCUUCUGGGGUGGGCCCAGGAGGUCCUGGCAGUGAGCCAGAGGGCAUUGCCCUGGCAGGAGACCAGGACGCCGAGGAGCCCCCUGAGGAGAGGCUCAAGCCCAUCCAGGAGGAGUCAGGGAACAACGACGGGGCUGGGGAGAUGAGCCCCCCAAAGUCCUCCUUGGGCUAA